UCGCCAAAACCAUCACCACUCUCGCGCUGCUGAGGCUGAAUUCCUCCAAUUAAAUAUUUCUCCUCGCUUACUACAACUAACUAAAUACACUAAAUAACUGCCCUGUAUGUUUGAUUUGUUUACCUCACUUCCAAUUGACACUCGAGUUCGAUAGAGAUGGAACUGAUACCACCCACGCCCCAAAAUAUUAGUUUCGUUCUUUUAAAAUUCGAUUAACGAGGAAUCAAUGAGGAUUUCCAGUUUUUAUUCAUUUUCGUUUCCCUUAUUUCACCUUAAUUUUUUUAACAAAACAUCGUCAAUUUUGACCUCAAGUAAUUGUCAUUUCGAUAAAAGUAGAAAAAGUUGGUACUGAUAAAUGUAGUUUUGGAGGGGAACGACUAAUUCCAAAUACUGUGAUAAUAUUAUAUUUCCGGAUACAAUCAACAAGAGUCAUUCAUUCAUAUUAUAUUUGUAACAGAUCUCAUUUGACAAUUUUCAGGUUCUUACAUGGUGGUGAACAUAAGGAAGUUAAGCGAGUUAACAUUCAUGUAGAAGUGGAGAUAACCAAAGCAUUACCAUAAAUUGUAAAUAAUGCUCAGAAAAAUGGGAUCGUUUCGUAGCUAUGUUGGUUUAGAAGAGUAUGAAAUGAAGAGUCCAAAAACGAAUUCAGAAGGAAUACAGCCAGAUUUUCUGAGUGGGGAACUGGUCAUUUCUGAAGCAUUGAACGUGCUAAAGUUCACAUCAUUAUCGAAAAAGAAAGGGAUUUCAGGUUCCCUGUUUGUUACAAACGCAAGAGUGAUAUUUGUGUCGAACGAGAAACGUCGUGAAAUUGAAGAUGCAGUGCCUUUAUUGUCCAUCAACAUGCUGUGGUAUUUUGAGACUUCAAAGACUACACCAGGAGCAAAAAAACACCGUCGUGUGGUAAAGUUGGGACCCAGCUCUGUAAAUAAUCCCAGCAUAAUUCCUUCAGGGUCAACACGGGUUCACGAGAUUUUAAUCGCAUGUUCAAAUUUUAAAUCGUUUAGAUAUAGUUUUAAAUUUUCUCCUUUGGAUAACGGACUUCGCAUUUGUAAUUCUAUUAUACACCAUUCCUUCCCCCUUCAAAUUGAUCGCCUGUUUUAUUUCGACUACUCGAAAGCCGCGUCUGAAAACUGGCGACAUCCAAUCAAUAGCUUUAUUAGUGUGCCUUCCUUCCUGGAAAAAGGAGACUGGUUAAAGGAGCUCAAUAUAAUACGAUCGAAUUCAGGCUACAGAAUCAGCAGCGCUAAUGAAGGAUUCCAAUUGUGCGGAUCCUUGCCAGAGUGGAUAAUUGUCCCCGCAGAUUUAAUCGAUGUUAAGCUAAUCAGUUUGGCUGAAAAACUCAAAGGGACUCGACCACCUCACUGGUCAUGGGCAGAUUCGAAAGGUGGUGGUAUACUCAGAAUGUCUAAGCUGAAUAGUGAAAAUGACUGCUCUGCUGAAUCCGUGUUCUUUGAAGUCUGUAGAAAAGCACACCCUAAGAAACAACAGCCCAUAAUAAUUGAUCUCGAUGUCGAGUUGCCGACAAAGGAAAUCAGACAAUCAUUUACUAAGCUUUUUGAGCUUUGUUGUCCCGAAUCAUCUCUUCAGUAUGAAGAAAUGGACAGUCGGUUUUAUUCUCUCUUGGAACAUACAAAAUGGAUGCUUCUGAUUUCCAAAUCUCUACACAUUGCCAAUUAUGCUGGGCGUUUAAUAACUGAGAACCAAGAUUUUAUUAUUCUUCAAGAACAUGAAUCUAGAGAUACUGCUUGCCUCUCAAGCUCUCUUAUUCAGGUGCUUGUUGAUGCAAGAUUUCGUACUGUCUCUGGAUUUUUUCAAUUAAUUCAGAAAGAAUGGAUUGCUUUUGGGCAUCCGUUUCAUUCCACUUAUAUGCACACUAGUCCAGUUUUACUACUUUUUCUCGAUUGUAUUCAACAAUUAAUGAAACAAAACUUGGUUGACUUUGAGUUUAACGACAAACUUUUGGCAACGUUGUGGGAAUCAAGCUUUGAUGCAAGCCGAGGAACGUUUAUCUUCGACACACCGCAGCAAAGGAAAUUAAUGGAUCACUGGAAGGAUCACACUUCUUGGGGUGUAAUACUCUCGGACCGCGACGCCAACAACGACAACGAUGAAUCAAUAAUGCCCGUUCAUUCUCCAAAAACGUCAAGUGCUCCAUUAUUACCAGGAUCUCUUGCAAAUCCUUUGUACAAACUCAAGUCCCUGCUGUACCCGCCAACACUUUCAUCGAGUGGUACUUAUCCACUAUCUACAGUCCUUCGUUGCUCUUCUACCCUUUGUGAUCUCAAUUUCUGGGCCAAUCUCUACCUCAGCAGAACCUUCAAUAUCCCUUCCUCAAUCAUGGGACUUGAUCCUGGUGACAUUAUUAGCAGCCCCGUGUCAACAGAGCAGACAAAUACACCAAGUUCUACUUCCCCUGAAGGGUCAACAGAAACACAGUUUUUAUACCCUCAAAAUUCAAGUAAAUCAGAGUAUUAUGCUAUCGGCCGCGACCCAACCCGUGAACUGAAAGUCGUAGAACUUUUGUUGGCUGCCUUGUCAAGCUCCACCAGAUACCGUCGGCAUUCGCCUGGAGUGUCUUUAUCGCAAACGAAUAGAACUGGGCUGAGGGACAAGGACAGCAAGGUUAGCACUGGUGGCUUUAGCUAUCCAAGUGGUCCUGGUGCUUCUCCUACGGGGCCGAAUCAACCAUACGUACAGCAACAACUUGACGGCAAGCGAAAGCCCUUUAUCUACCAGCAGUAGCAAUAAUCAAUCAGUCAAAAGUCUGUUUACUAGCUUAUACGGUUUAAACGCCAAAGCACAAACUAGUUGUUGGCAUUAAAUGUGCUUCAUGGCCAACAUUUCCGAGUUAUGGAACUUUGCAUUUAUUUUGUGCGUUUGUUAUUAUAACAUAAAAUGAUUACGAAAGAUUGAAUGACAAUAAAUAAUUUUUAAUUUGUGUAAA